GACGUCACCUCCGGCGUGACGUCACUCCGGCAGGGCGAGCGAGCUGAGCGGCUGUUUUUGUCUCUUGCGCCCCCAACAGGAGCCAUGAGGUUCUUCAAGAGACGGCAGCAGUUGCAGGCGACGCUGGAGACUCCGAAUUCGUCAACAGUGGAGUUGGAAAUGCCGGAGAAGGAAAUGCACCAGCUGUCCCAGGAGGUGUCGACCCUGCGGGGCAAUCUGGGCAGGGCACGAGCGCACUUCGCCACCCUGCGUGGCGCACUGAGCCAGAGAGAUAAGAGUCUCCACGAGAUGCUGCGCCAACUCAACAACAACCAUGCUGAGGAGCUAAGGGCGCACUCGCAGGCCAUCAACAGCCUGCAAGUGGAGUUGGAGGCAGUGCGGUGGGGCGAGCGCGAGGAGCAGUUGAGGCGUGAGCACGAUACGACUCUGCAUCUGGCGUGCAUGGAGCUGGCCGAAUAUCGUGCAUCGCACAUGCACGCCGAUUCAGAGUACGACGCUCACGUCGUGCACAUUACGGUCCUCCAGAAGGAGCUGAAGGAGCGUGACGAGCUGCUGCGGCACUCAGAGGCAGACCUGGUGGCGGCGCGUGAAGUGGCGCGAGAGCGCGGGACUGAAGCUGAGCGGCUGGGCACCGAGGCCGCGGAGCUGAGAGUGAACAUGCACGACCUCUUUACCAACCAAGAGGUGCAGCAGACAGAGGUGGACACCCUGCGGCAUGAAGCGCUGGAGCUGCAGCAACGACUGCAGGAGGCCAACGCUUGCUGCGAGGAGACCGGUAAUUCUCUGGAGCAACAGAUGGACUUUCUCAAGGCCGAGCUGGGAGUCUCCAGGGCAGAGGAGGCCGCGAGGGUACAGGAGGUGGUGCAGCUGCAGCACACACUUCAGCACACGGAUGCUGAGAUGGAUUGCAUGCACGGCCAGAUCGCCAGGCUGCAGCACCAGCUAAGGGCGCACUCGCAGGCCAUCAACAGCCUGCACGUGGAGUUGAAGGCAGUGCGGUGGGGCGAGCGCCAGGAGCAGUUGAGGCGUGAGCACGAUACGACUCUGCAUCUGGCGUGCAUGGAGCUGGCCGAAUAUCGUGCAUCGCACAUGCACGCCGAUUCAGAGUACGACGCUCACGUCGUGCACAUUACGGUCCUCCAGAAGGAGCUGAAGGAGCGUAACGAGCUGCUGCGGUACUCAGAGGCAGACCUGGUGGCGGCGCGGGAAGUGGCGCGAGAGCGCGGGACUGAAGCCGAGCGGCUGGGCACCGAGGCCGCCGAGCUGAGAGUGAACAUGCACGACCUCUUUACCAACCAAGAGGUGCAGCAGACGGAGGUGGACACCCUGCGGCAUGAAGCGCUGGAGCUGCAGCAACGACUGCAGGAGGCCAACGCUUGCUGCGAGGAGACCGGUAAUUCUCUGGAGCAACAGAUGGACUUUCUCAAGGCCGAGCUGGGAGUCUCCAGGGCAGAGGAGGCCGCGAGGGUACAGGAGGUGGUGCAGCUGCAGCACACACUUCAGCACACGGAUGCUGAGAUGGAUUGCAUGCACGGCCAGAUCGCCAGGCUGCAGCACCAGCUAAGGGCGCACUCGCAGGCCAUCAACAGCCUGCACGUGGAGUUGAAGGCAGUGCGGUGGGGCGAGCGCCAGGAGCAGUUGAGGCGUGAGCACGAUACGACUCUGCAUCUGGCGUGCAUGGAGCUGGCCGAAUAUCGUGCAUCGCACAUGCACGCCGAUUCAGAGUACGACGCUCACGUCGUGCACAUUACGGUCCUCCAGAAGGAGCUGAAGGAGCGUAACGAGCUGCUGCGGUACUCAGAGGCAGACCUGGUGGCGGCGCGGGAAGUGGCGCGAGAGCGCGGGACUGAAGCCGAGCGGCUGGGCACCGAGGCCGCCGAGCUGAGAGUGAACAUGCACGACCUCUUUACCAACCAAGAGGUGCAGCAGACGGAGGUGGACACCCUGCGGCAUGAAGCGCUGGAGCUGCAGCAACGACUGCAGGAGGCCAACGCUUGCUGCGAGGAGACCGGUAAUUCUCUGGAGCAACAGAUGGACUUUCUCAAGGCCGAGCUGGGAGUUUCCAGGGCAGAGGAGGCCUUGAGGGUACAGGAGCUGAAGGAGUUGGAGGGGCACGUCCAGACACUUGGGUCGGAGAAAGCGCAGCAGCAGGACACGCAUCGGAAAGAGGCCUGCGAGCUGGCGACGGGGCUGGAGGAGGUCCGGCUCACCCUCGCCGAUGCUUUCAAGCAGUUCGAGCGCAACUCCAAGAAGGUACCGACUCGCAAAGGCACGCGUGGUGAAGCCACGAUUGGCACUGAAGAGGGGCGCCACGGUGGCGAGAUGUUAACUACCUCGCCUGUAUGCAGGAGGUUGUGAGUUUCAUCCCAACCCCGACACCUGUAUAUUUGGAGUUUGCAUGUUCUCCCUGUGGUCGCGUGGAUUUUCUUCCGGGUCCUCCGGUUUUCCCAUCCACAUUUAGAAACUUGCGUUUAGAUUAUUUGGCUGCAAUACAUUUCCACAUGAUAAGCCACUUCGUAGAACUUUCAUUUGUGGGCAGGUCACUUCUCAAAAAGAGCUAUAUAGUUCAGUAGGCCUUAGCUGGUAAAAUAAAGAUAAUUAAAGUUUGAGUUGAGGCAGCGUGCGGCUGUUGUGCCUCAUUUACCAAUAAUGAAAUGUGCCAAUGACAAUUUGGCCCGGGAUAAAUUUGUCACCCCACCAAUUAUUCAAUGUGUGCUUUGAUCAACAACAACGUGAUCAUGGAACAUGAAAGGAAUAAAAACUCACUGAGACCAGAAGGGCCAUUGCUCGGUCAAAAUAAUAGUACACAGUGCAGCAUGAACAAAGCCACGCACAAAGUGUGAUGCCGCCGCCACAAAGCCGUUCGGCAGGCGCCCCAUCCCCGACCUCGCCACCACCAAGCGACGGAGCCAACCCCUCGUCCCCCUCACCUCACCUCACACGAACACACCCGCACGCAUUCCCCCCCCCCCCCCCCCCAUAGAGCUGGAAGGGGAGGUCACCUGAUCGACCGGUUUUUAUCCGAGAAGCCCUUAUCGGGAUUGACUUUCACGGUUUCCGGCGACCAGGGAAUUGGACGACCUCCCCCGACGCUACUUUGCACCGCGGCGCUGCGACCGGCCUUAAGAUGGUAUGGUCGCGGCGAAGGGCAUUCGGCCACCGCGGUUGAAACGCAUCAUCCCCCCACACACACCCCCCAUGGGUCGACGAGACAGGCAGAGGAGAGACGAGGCGGCAUAGUUUAGGGUGCGCAAUUGAUGGGGCAGGUGGUGAGGACAUGCGGAGGCUCCGCGCUUAACUUCCGCAGUGGGCCGUGGUGAUGGACGCCGCUGCAUGGUGCGCAGGAGCACGGCGCCAUGCAUGAGAAGGGGAUUAAUUGGAAUUGGCGCCGCACACGCAGCACAUCCGAUUAGCAUAUCAAAGGCGCCCGGAACCGCCGUGCGCGUGCUAGCGGGCGCGCGUUCAUUGUUAAAGAAAAACUGGGAGAGGGCCGCCAUCACACUCGGAGCCGCAUCCCUUUGAUGUAGGGAGGAUAAAAAGGGGGCGCAAAGGGGAAAUCGCUCUCUCACUCCAGCGCCAGGUGACAAGACGCUCUCCAGUCCAGCGACCCGAACGUCCGUGAGACGCAUCGAGGUACGCUGCGAGUACGGGAUCAACGGACCGCCGUGGGCACCUAACAGUGAGUAAGGAGGUGAAGUAGGAUCAUAGCCGAUAAAUAGGGAAUAGGUACAGGGGUAGUGGAAUAGGCCAGCCUCGUCGAUUCAUACUGACUCAACAACCAGUUCCAGGUAGCAAACAAUAAAUCAUUAAUAGCGAAUCGCGGCCUCAUGUGAUCUCGUUGAGCAGUGUGAACGCGUGUGGUGCUGCGUAUACAGCUGCUCGCCUCGUGGGAGCGCUGCGCAGAGCGGCGCGAGAGUGGGUGUCGCGUGUGUGCAGGUGUGUGCGCUCGUAGCGUGGGGGAAGGGGUCGGUGCGUCCACAGGUACCAGUUCCGUCUAUCGCCGCAGGGACUCGCGCGGUGUGAGGGCAGCGUCGUUCACCCUCCGACCCCUGACCCCCGUUUAGAGCGCGUGAUUUAUGGAGAGACAACGCAGCAUUUACAGGUGAACGAGAGCGUGCGGCGAGCUAUGCCUCUCACACGAGCUCGCGGAGGGACGGACCAGGGAGGGGAGCCGUCGGGCGAUGAGCCCAGCGACGGCAGCAGCUGCUCACAGAGUAGCGAGGGGUCGGCGAACGGCGGAGCCCCUGCCAUAGGCAUGGAGGAGCAGGGAGGGACUUCGGGGACCAGCGGCCCCAACAAAAGCAAUACAGGGAGCUCAGGAGGUCGAGGACACAAUCAUCCGGCUGAGGGAGGAGCUCAAGGCGAGCGAGGAGGAGCUCGCAGCGAGUGAGGCGCAGCGUGCCAGUGCCCAGCCGGAGCUCUCCACCCCCCAACAGAGACUGUCGGCGCUGCAGGAUCAGCUGACCGCGUCCCAAGCUGGCAAUGAGGACACCAUACGUCAGCUCUUCGAGAGGAGCCAGCAGCUGGGAUCCCUGCAGGUGGGGAUUCUUUGGUAUCAGCGUGUGCUGGCCGAGCUGCACACAGAGCUGGAGCAGUACCACGAAAACACACACUCACAGCUGCAGCAUUUGGACAUGCUGCGCCAGCAGAGCGAGGCGGAGAACGGGAGACACAGCAGAGCCUCACCAUUCUGGCGAAUUGCCCGAUGAUGCUGGAUGCAAUUACCAGCGAAACGUCGUACUCAAAUUGUAAAUGUUGUGGUUUCACGCUUCAACACACCGGUGGGCUAAAGCAGUGAACUAUUUGUCUUUUGUCAACGUGACACUUUUUUACUGAUUGGCCGUGUCGGGUGGUGGAGGGUUACGACACAUUUAUAAAUAACGCGAUCUAAACCCAAAAACGUUGAUUAUGAAUAGCCUGAUUACUAAUCUAGUAUAUAUUUACAAUCGAUCCCCCCUUGAAUCUUUGCACCUGAUGAGUUAAUGAGUUAAUGAUGACGUCACUCUGCUGCUGCUCUAUAUAAGAACGGGAGACACAGCAGAGCCUCACCAUUCUGGCGAAUUGCCCGAUGAGGGGGAAACUGCCCUGGCUUGCCAGGGGAGACACCAGGAGCAUCGAGGUGAUCCUUCCAGCCCGUCCGGAUCUCAAGUGAGACCUAGCCACCAGCCCCGAGGCCUGCGAGGGCCCUGACCGUGUGGCCAGGGAUGACCACGCUGCCAAGAAGCGGGGACUGCUGGAGAAUGGAGACGGAAAUCGCAACAGACGAAGAGGGGAAACGGCAAGAGUCAAGGACCACGAGGGCCACCCGAGUUGCUGAAGGAGACCGGGAUGACCGAGCCGCCCAGCUUAUGCUCGCAGCAGAUGAAAAGGAAGCAGGGAGUGCGUCAAGAGAAAUGAAUGCCACCUGCACUGCUGAGGGAGCCUGGGACGACAGAGUCGGCCAGACGGUGACUGCAGGAGAUAAGAAGAAGACGCGGCGAAAGCAGAGGGCCACCGACACCACCUACGCUGCCGGAGGGGACUGGGGCAACCAGACCGACCCGCUGGCAGCAGGGGGAUGCGUGGAGGAGGCAUGGAGACGGAUGGAGGGGAACGUGGCGGAGGCACGGCAGAAGGAGAGGAUGGAGGAACUGGAUGGGAGGGCGGGAGCUGAUGGAGUGGGUGAGGGAGGCCGAGGAGAAAAAGGUACGGCGUCCGGACGCAGA